CAAUUUUUUCCGAAGUUAUGUUUUCGGUUUGUCAUAAUUCUUUACGCCAAACACCUUACCAGCGGUUCCCUAGGACAUGCUGGAAAACGAGCAGCGAGCGAGGUGGAUUGCACAGACCUGGAAUGCGCUUUGUUUUACCACAAGGGGGCGAUGGACACCCAUGUGAAGAAGAAUCAACUGUAAGUGUGUGUUUUAUAUGAUGUUUUGAUGACCGUAUACCUAACAUUCUUUGAGACAGACAAACACUAAAUACGUUUUAAGAGCAUUUAACAUAUAUGAACUAAGUUGUAGUGUGUGUGUGUGUGUGUGUAUGUAUAUAUAUGUAUAUAUAUAUGUAUGUACACAUAUAAGUAUGUACACUUCAUAUAGAGUGCAACAUAAUAACAUAUUCCAGUCCACUCUUAGCUUUAACACUUGGAAUGCAUUUGGAUGGAACACGCAGGGUGUCUUCACGUUAUUUAAAGUGACAGGCCUGACAGCAGCAUCUUGUUGUUAUUUGAGACUCAGUUAACAGGGUCUCAACCACAAUCACAUCCAGACAGUCGUGUGUUACUCCUGCUCUUUUACAUGUAGUCUGCACUUGGCCUGCAGUGAAUUGAUUUUGACAAUUACAAUAACAGGAUAAUUGCAAUCUGUCACCAUACAUUCCCGUUAGCAUAUCACCGAAUAACCACUCUGAGCAUGAUUCGGUCCACACAUGUCGCCCUGAUCUGCAUAACACUCACUGCAGCCUGCUUUGUAAUUAUAAAUGAAUUUCACGCUGCCAGGCUUUUAAUGCAAAUAAUAUGGAUCUUCUUUUAACCACUCCUCUUUUCAUCAACAGUCCGUGUGUGUGUGUGUGUGUGUGUGUGAGAAGGAGAAAAUGAAGGAGGAUCAGAUUUCAGCCCAGCUUUGUUUGAGUAGCCUCCCCUCUCAAAUGAGUUAAUGGGAUGGAAGUUAUUUGCCACCCUGAGCUUAUAGUGCAGGGUUGAAUAGGAGCGUUGAAUUAAAAAAAAAAAAAAGGUGUCAAUACAUGUGCUGGAGACAAUGAACUAAAGUCCACACAAGCAGGAUGAAGACAGACAGAUGGAGUCCGUGUGUGUGUGUGUCAGUGUGUGUAGGGACAGGGACCCCAUCAGUGCAGGAUCAGAGUGGGGAAAUUGGAGGACAAUAGAGAAAGAGGGGUGCGGGGGAUAAUUUAAAGCGAUCGGGGAGGCAGUGUCCCAGAGGUGCAUAAUUCACUCAUUCAUUAACUUGACCAAACAGGAGCCAAUAUUAAUUAACUCGUUCCUCGUGCCCAGCCGCCCCCAAGAAGCUUGUGCUUUGUUGUCAAAUUGGCGACUUCCAACAGUUUUUGGAAGCGAAGGCUUUAAAAUCAGAGGUGACAGGACAGAGGGUUGGGGUGGAGUGGGUGGGACGGGGUACGGGGGUGUAGUUAAAUCUGGCUUUUGUGUGUUCUACACAUUUCUGUUCAACAUUGAUUAUUACUGUUAUUAUUCAUUAUAUAAAAUAUGUUUUUAUUUACAUGAUUUUACUUUAUAUUAUUUUAGAUUUAGAUUUUUCCACAAAGUUUCAUGGCCGCUACAUCUAGAAGAUAAACCUCAUCCUUUUCAUAUUACUUUACACUGAGUUACUUGUAUAAAGCAGAGUGACAUGGAAAGAAACAUCAACAGCUAGAGUUUGACGUGGUCAUUUAAGGUUAAUAGAUUUCUAGCAGGAUGCAUGAAGUCAUGGAGUACAUAGAACAGAAUAUUCAUAGAAUAGAUCCUGGUUCAAAAAGAAUCAAAUGAUUCACAGAUAAAUAGAAGCGAUUUUAUACAUGUGCUGUACUUCACCUACUGGCAGUUGGUGUUAUAAUAAAUGUAUGUAGAUAUUUGCCAUCAAUUAUUUUUAUUUAAAUGUAAGAUUAUGGUAAAAAUAUAAAUGUCAGUUAUGAAAAAAAAAUUGAACAUGCUCAGUAACAAUCAGUUUUAGUUCUAAAAUUAAUUCUCAAACUAAAAAGUACACCAGCUUUCAACACUUGACUGAAAAUUAUAUUAAAAUGUAUACAAACAAACCUACUCUUUCGAUUUUGUGUUUUGCCGUAUUUGCCUUUCUUUACCUUUCAUUUUUUAAAGCACUUUGACGAAGCUCAAUUUCAAUGUUCUUGACACAGACUCUCCUGUAGCUCUCCUCUCCUCCGCUGGGGGGCGCGCAUCAUCCGACUCCCUCCUAUGCUGUCAGGCCCUGCUAACUUUGAUUAAGGCUUAAAUUGGCUGAAUUUAAUGAACGCUGCCUAAUUAGCCAGGAUAACAGCUUUAAUUGAUAAGUAAUUAUCUGCCACAAAUUGUUAUUAAUUCUACGCCUCUGUCUGAUAGUGUAGUGACUCUAAACCCCCCCUCACCCUCAAGCCCUCACAUGUCCAUCCAUCCUCCCCUGCAGCAUUUUGUAUUUAUGUAAACAAGCAGUUGUAAACAAUUAGGCAUAUGUUGGGGGGGAUAUUCCAGAGGGUGUCAUUAAGCUGGGCUUGGUGAACUGGCAGUUUAUAUGAAAUUAUUUGCUCUUGCUGACUGAUAUCUGUGAGCUUUUCACUGUCUUGUCAUUUUGGCUGAGAGCCAAAACAGUCACACAUUCUCUUCAUUAGCGCAAAAAUAUAUUUUUAUUAAAAGAGCCACCGCAUUUUUGAAUCAAAUUUUGGGGACUCGAGUCAAAGACGCUUUAAUUCAAAACGGGGUUUCCUGAUACUACAUUACUACUUGUUGUAAUAUUGUUGUGAUUCUUCUUGAUUGUGUGGGCAGGUGUUUUUUUAUGAUUCACAUAUAGGUUUUUAUGAAAAAAGGUAUUCUGUGAAGAAACAUAUUUAUUAUUUUAUAUAUUUUAUAUUAUUAUUUGUUGUUGUUGAAGUGUGAAAACACAGCUGGUCAUUCAAAUGAAAGUUGCAAAAUAAUCCUGAACACGUUUCACAUUCUUUAAUGUUUUUUUUUCCCCCAGUCGUGUGUGAAAAGUCAAACGGAAGUUUUCACGGGUGAAGAAGUGAAGACGUUGACAGAACAUCUUGUGAUCACGUCUCCGUAGGUGUCCACCUGGACCUGCGGUCACUCCCGGCCUCUGCCAUGACGCCUUCAUUUACUAAUACACACUUCAUCCUGAGCAGCACCUCCCAGCAGGAGAAACGAUGUGAACAGGAUGACGUGAGGCCACGUGAAUCAUGCAGACGACAACCGCACACUACAAGUAAACAUCGGUGUAAGCUGUUCAGGUGAGAAAUGGAAAUAAUGUUGCAGUAUUUGACUGAGGCAGUGUGCGUAACAACUGGAGUGUGUGUGUGAGGGUGUGUGUGUGAGUGUGUGAGAGGGUGUGUGUGUGAGUGUGUGUGUGCUUGUGUAGGGGUCUCUGGGAGAUGGAGAGAGGCUUGUACUUUAAAACACAAUGUGACAGCUCAGGAAAAGAGGGAAUGAUAAAAGCACUGUUAUUGGAUCAGUUUAGUCCUGAAACACACACACACACACACACACACACACAGAGAGAGAGAGAGAGAGAGAGAGAGGUUAUUGGUGUUGCUUGUGUUGUGUCUUAUUUUUAUUUAUAAACCACAAGUUUAAAUGGACAUUUUAGUCCGUCUUUAACUGCGUUCUGCUGCACAGGAAGGAGAUUAUUUUUCAGAGAUUAUAAUCUACACUUACUCUUUUUUAAAUUAUUAUUUAAGUUUUUUUUUAUCAUUUUCUUUAUUAUUAUUUUUUAAAUGUGGUGUUGCAUUUUCUGGCAGAGGUGUACAGCACCACACAAUAACAGAGCUCCAGGUAGUAACACUCCACCAGACCAUUCGACCUUUGAACCACGACGUUGCAACUACGUUCCCCACCGACAGGGGAAAAUAUGGAGUGCAUCAGUGUCCCCCCCCCCCCCCCCCGACCCCCCCAUGUCGCGUUCUUUUUCUUUUUCUUCUUCUUUAACCAACAUUAGUUAAGAGUGUAACAGGAAAUGUUCGUGUUCUUCAUAUGUUCUCACUUGAUCGAUUAUAUUUCCUCAACUCCAAUGUUUUGACAGAGUCAUAUUAAAGGAUCAGUCAGGUUUAAUUAACGAUCGAUCUGGACAGAAAGAAAACUCUCUCCCUCUCUCUCCUUCUCUCUCUCCCUCAGCCUUCCUACCCCAUUAACCGCGCCUCUGACGUCACAUGGCGAUUAACGCUCCUUAUUGGUCCCGGGAGCAGAUGGAGGAGUCCUAAUGAGGAGGUUCACGAAAAGAAGGAGCAGGGUUGACGUCUCGGCCGCUCCGUGAACACAGCUCCGCUCUCCGCUGUGUUUAGAAUCUGUGCUGGCGGUUUUUCUCCUCUCCGCCUCCUCCUUCACCUCCUCCUCCUCCUCCUCCACCUCCUCCUCCUCCUCCCUCCUGUUCCUGCUCGUCCUGACUCCUCUGUGACGGACUGCAUGUUCAGCCACACCGCUUCCGUCUGCAGCGUCACUUCAGCCCCGCCGCAGCCGCAGCCCGGGCGACCAUGGACAGCCGGGUCCUCGAGCAUCCUCACGCCCAGUUCGGAGGCUCCUUGGGCGGGCUGGUGGGCUUCCCCUAUCCGCUCGGCCCCCAUCAUCACCACCACCACCACCACCACUCUCCACACCAGCACAGGCACCACUCUUACGAGCUGGCUGGCGGGCACCAGCUGCAGUCCGCCGCCGCCGCUGCCGCCGCCGCCGCCGCCGCCGUGCCCUUCUCUAUAGACGGAUUACUGAACGGCUCCUGCUCGGCCUCGGUGGUCGGCUCCAGUAACCCGCUGCUGUCCGCUGACAGCCCGCACUUCAAACUCUCAGAUUCUGGAGACCCGGAUAAGGACAGUCCCGGCUGUAAACGCAGACGGACCAGGACCAACUUCACCGGGUGGCAGCUGGAGGAGCUGGAGAAAGCCUUCAACGAGAGCCACUAUCCUGACGUGUUCAUGCGGGAGGCGCUGGCCCUCAGGCUGGACCUGGUGGAGUCCAGGGUCCAGGUGUGGUUCCAGAACCGACGAGCAAAAUGGAGAAAGAAGGAGAACACAAAGAAAGGCCCGGGUCGGCCCGCGCACAACUCCCACCCCACCACCUGCAGCGGCGAACCCAUGGACCCGGAGGAGAUCGCUCGCAGGGAGCAGGAGCGGGCGGAGAAGAAGAAACGCAAACAGGAGAGAAAGUUGCUGAAGUCCCAGAACAAACUUCUGCCCGGCGAGAGCUUCCACACGCCCGGCGGUUCAGAGAGCGACAGCGGGGUCUCCCAGUUCACCGACAGCGAGCAGCAGUCCACCAACAUUAACGGGAAUAUUCACAUCGACCUUCCCGCGGCCAAGGGUGCGGGAGGGCACCGCACGGAAUCCAGCUGUGACCAAACAAGACACGACUUCAGCCAACUGCAAAAUCACCAAAACCAAAGAACCACGGCAGAACAGGAGCAGGUCUCUCCGGGCAGCACACACAGCUCCAGCCCUGGGGGGCCGCGCUCCUCCGCCCUGCAGAAAAGAAACCCUUUCAGCGUGGAGAGCCUCCUCUCUGACACGACGCCUCGACGGAAAACUCAGCUGGACUUUCCCCCGCUGCCCAGUCAGAGGACACUGGUGGGUAAAGGUCACUUCCUCCUUUACCCCAUCACACAUCAGCCUUUGGGCUUCCUGGUGCCUCAGACGGCCCUGAAGGCCACGCCGUGUCAGGACAACAUCAGCAGGCUUGGCCCGGGACCUCGGUGUGGGCCCGGCGAGGGCAGCCCUGCUCCCUCUGACCUCGCCGGCUUUGCUACUAAGCCUCUAGACUCAGAUCAUGUGGAGCGUAACGUGCAUCACCACAAUCACAUUAGCAAUAGAGGAGAUGGAACGGACACAGAGGAGUGUGGCGACGACUGCAGGAGACUCCCUGCUUCAUCUCCUCCUCCUCCUCCUCCUCUUUCAACAAGCAGCACGCCGGCCCAGCCGGCCCUGGCCAGACUGAGCCCGGCCCAGUCCAGCCACGGCCACGGCGACGGCGUGGAGAGGACUCCCAAAGUUCAAACGGAGACGGCGAUCGGCGAGUGCCAAGCCGCCGCUGAGCCGCGCGCAAAGGAGGAGAGGGCGUCUCCAGACCUCAGUGAGCGUCUCGAGGCAAACACAGACUGUCAAGAAACACCCGCAACAGAUGGAGAAGAUGUCGACAUGGACUAACACUUAGGAGGAGCAAACAUAAACAAAGGAGCAGGAACGCUGCUCACACAAGUCAAACAUUCCCAAAGCUGUGCCCAGACACUCCAAGAAAACAUAUCAGGAAUCAGGAGACGUAACUCUGGUCUAUUUUUUAAUCAGAACGUGUGAUCAAUCCCCGGAGGCGUGCCGAGGCCUUGGCCGCCUCCACCUUCAGGCUUUAGUCCCGACCACCUCUGUAGAAGCAGCUCCUUUGAUUUGAUUUGAUUUCUUUUUUCUUUUCCUGUUUUCUAUCCUCAGUGACCAACUUGUAUCAAACAAACAGAAGAAACUGGGUUAAGACAAACGUCUCACACAACAAAAAUCCUCAGAUAUUGUCAAAGCCAGAAAAUGAUAUUUAUAUGUAAACAUUUUGAUAAAUAAAGUUAUUGUUUAAAUUGAAACACUGUUUUUACGGGGUCCCCCUCCAGAUUGUUGGGGGGAUGGAGGGGGGGGGGGUGUUUAGAGGGAAAAACAAUAAAUACCCAGCAGGAGGAGGCUGGUGUUGCUGGAGUUUGGUGGUGUUACAGCAAAUAUAAAUCCCUCUCCUUCCUCUGCGUGGCGAGCCGGGGCUGCAGCUCAAGUCCGUCUGGCUGUUUGU